AUGACAAUGGAACAACAGCGUCGAGUUUACAACAUGGCGGGCGGUCAGCUUGAACGUAGCUCUGAUAUAAACAGAGAAACGUGGUUAUCCAAUGACGUACCAGAUGAAGCUGUGCACCUUCCUGGAUUACCACAAUUCAAUGUACUUAGGAAUGAUAGAGAAUAUGGAAAUGGCUUUCAAGAAAGAAUAAUCAAGAAGCAAUGCCAAUUAAAACAACUAGUUAAAGAUCCUACACGAAGGAAUGCAACACUAGACCUUGUAUUCACCAACAUACAUCAAUCUUAUGAGAAGCCAACUGUUUUAGCCCCACUUGGAAAUUCCGAUCAUUGCAUGAUUGAGUUGAAGUCUAAAGACUAUACCCCCAAAGGUAAUCAAACUAGAAAAGUCACCUGUCGCCCAAUUCAGGAGUCUAGUGUUCAUCUGUUUCAUGAACUCAUAACUCGACAAAGUUGGUCUUCGGUGUACGACUCGUGCAGUGUAAAUUCCAAAGUGGAAGCGUUUCUAAAUAUCACCAAUGAUUUGAUUACAAAGUGUUUUCCCAUUAAAACGUUCAAACGUCAUGAAAACGAUAAACCCUUCAUAUCAGGAAGAAUCAAGAGCAUGAUAAUCAAGAGAGACAAACUGUAUCAGCAAGGAAGAAUGGUAGAAUCUAGAGAAAUGAGAAAUAAAAUUAUAUCGGAGAUCCGUAAAGAAAAAAGUAAAUUGUACAACGAAAGGAUCAAGCCUCUACGCGUUCAUGAACCGAAAGCAUGGUGGAAAAACGUUAAAAAGAUAGUGCGCAAAAAGAAGCAAGAAUUUAGUCUUACCGAUCCGGAAAGUGCUGCACCACUAAACUCCAGAGGAACUGCCGAACAUAUCAAUAACUUUUUUACGAAUCUUACUACCGGAUUUUCUGUAGUUAAUAAUGAGUGGACUUCGAUUGGAAAUCGCCCUCUACCUAAUAUACCAGUUGAUAGUGUGUUAUCCAACCUAAGGAAUCUUAACGUAAAUAAAGCAGCGGGUCCCCACGACCCUGAUGUCAGAAUAAUCAAGUAUUUCGCUGAGCACUUUGCUUUCCCAUUAGCUCAUAUUUUCAACGAAUCAUUUAAAGAACGUGUUUUUCCUGAUAUUUGGAAAAUAUCAAACGUAUGUGCUAUUCCUAAAACCAAACCUUGUUGUUCUGCUGAUGAAUUGAGACCAGUUGCCUUAACGAGUGUUUUAUCCAAAAUUCAAGAAUCUUACGUUAACAGUUGGAUCAUCGAGGAUGCUUUUGAUUUGAUUGACCACAAUAAACUGCUCGAGUCAUUUCUCAAUAAUGGUGUUAGACCUGAACUAGUUGCUUGGCUUGCAUCUUAUCUACAAGGAAGAUCCCAAAUAACGUUUCAGGGGGAACGAUCAAGUUUAAAGCGAAUCAACGGUGGAGUGCCACAGGGAACCAAAUUAGGGCCAAUAUCCUUUAUCCUGAAAAUUAAUGACCUCCCGAUGAAAUCCAAACCCAUCACAUCUGAGGAACAAGAUGUAACAAUGUUUAUGGAUGACACCACCUCGUAUGAAGUGAUUGAUGUAUCAUCCCAUACAUCGGGAAGUCCAAUUGGAAUCUCACAGGAAUGGGUGGAUAAAGUAAUCCAAUUUACCAGAGACGAGAUGAUGGAGUUGAACGGAGGAAAGUGUAAGGAAAUGAUUAUUGAUUUUAGAAAGAAUAAAACAGAUAUACCGGCGAUUAAUAUUGGCGGUUGUCAAGUAGCUCGAGUACUCUCCUAUAAAUUGCUUGGAGUAUGGAUUGAUGAUGAUCUGAAAUGGAGGACCAACACAGAAUAUAUUGUAAAAAAGGCAACCAAGCGAUUACAUUUUUUAAAAAUUUUGAGAAGGUAUGGAGCACCUAUUGAGGAUCUUUUGAUGUUCUACUGUACAGUUAUUCGAUCUGUUCUAGAGUACGGUAUGCAGAUAUGGAGUGGUGGACUUACAAAGAUGCAAAGGGAUAAUAUAGAGAGAGUUUAA